AUGACGAUGACACACUCAGAACCCAAGUCGCAAGGGUUCAAGAGAUUCGCAAGAUGGAUCUCAAAUCAAGCAAGAAGCAUGACCGGUAGAGACUCCAUGAGCUCACAGCGACUGCUUCUAGAACUCUGCGGCGUGCGUCUCGCUCCGACCACCAUCCUAGAUCCAUACAUGGACCAACUCAUGACAGUUCUGGUGCCGCUACUACAACAAGUGGGCGAGAUGAACCAAAGCCUGUCCGGAAUCCAUGAAGAGCUUAAGAGGAAAACCAUUCUUGCCUCUUCCGGCGGUGCAGGGGCCGAUGGUUUCGCCAAUGUCGUCUACAAUUUCGUCAAAAUGCACAUCAAACAUACCACCAGCAAGAAUGAUCUCUUCUUCCUAUGGCACCCUGACACAUCAUGGCAUCCUGUCUUCUACGAAAUGAUUGCCAGGAAUCCACUCCCAAAUACCUUCUGUGGCGAGUCCACCGAUCUCAAUAAGCUGUGCAACUUCAUGAAAGUCACCCGCGAAGCCAUGAACCGCAAGCACCACUACAAAAAGCAGCCUGUUUUCCACCUGCUCAUCCCCUCGUGGUACAACAUCAGAUGGGUUGAGCCUGUUCAUUUCCCAGAUGACAUUCUUCCUCUGCGAGUUGUGGGACCAACGCAUGACAUGGGCAGACCGUUGGUAUCGUUUUGUCUUCCUUUCCAGCAGGGCGAUCUUGGGCUGGUGGGUGUUGGCAACAGCUUUUGUGAGAGGGAUUUGGAAAGGGCGGGAGAUAAUUCGACUGCUUUGAUAGUUGGGGGGCUCGCGGGUGCUGCGUUUUGCAUUGCGACGGGAGGAUUGUUCGGGGUGUCUGCUGCGGUUGUCGCGAUUAUGACGGCAUUUGGGAGCAGUGGCAAUGAAGAAAGACAGCAAAAGGAGGCUAGGAUACUUGGCUCGCCGGAUAUGAUUUAUAGACCACGGAACUGUAAUUGA